UAGAUACUAUUAUGACAUGGAAAGCGAAACUUCAACACUGAUAUUUGAUGCUAUGCUGGAUAUCUACCUAAUGCUUCAGCCUGAUCGCAGGAAAAUACCUGUACAGAUAGUUGGUGAAUCCAAGUAUUUAGACAUGUCGGGGUCAAUGACUGGGAGUUUUAAACUGGACGGCAGUGUUGGCAGGAAUACAAGGGCGAUAAUAACCUACAGCACAAAAUCUCCACCAAAUAUUACAGUUGUUUCCCCUACUGGGCGAAAAUAUUGCAGCUUGUACCCUGAGUAUUACGAUGAUUCAGAGCUUCAUCAAGUUCAAAUAACGGUUCCUGCUUUAGCUGAGGUAGGCAGAUGGACCUACAACAUCGUCAACGACCAUCAAGUCGUCAGCCUCGUGUCCUUCCUUGUGAUGUCAUCAGCCAGGAGCGACCACGUGACCCCACUACAGUUCAGUGGCGCCCUCCUCGUGGACAACAGCAGCUGGCCUGUCACGGCUGUCGUCACGGCUGAGGCUGUCCGGGACCGGCAGCCGGUGAGGGACGUCCGUGUGACGGCCCGGGUCACGAGACCAGCUGCUGAGCCGGUGGAGUUACAGCUGUUUGAUAAUGGGAUAGGUGCCGACAUUCUAGCAGGAGAUGGCAUCUAUUCCAGAUAUUUCACCCACUUCACGACAGCUGGACUGUACACGGCUUCUAUAGAAAUGGUAGAUGACAAAGGGGAAGCUAUCGCAGCAGGGGACAUAAACACUGAUCCUUCUAUGGUGGCCCGAACCUUUACUGGCAGUGUUCGGGUCGAACACCCCAAGUUCCACUCCAACUCCAACCAAUCCAUGGACGAGUGCCCGCCCAUGAGGAUAACGGACUUGCGAGUGCUUCAUACGUCACAGAGUGAGGGUCUUGUGGUGCUGUCGUGGACUGCACCUGGGGAUGACGCUGACAAUGACAGGGCCUCGUCCUACACACUACUCAUGGCAUCUGACGCUGAGUCAAUGGUCACCCGGCGAGAUUUACCAGAAAUAGACCCAGAUUUUGUGGUCCAAGGAAAUUUAAAAUCUCCAAAACAUUUUGGUGAAAAAGAGCAGGUUACAUUAAAAUUAAAAACUGCGCCUGAUGAAAAACGAAGUUUUGUGUUCUCGGUCUUCGCGGUUGACGAGGGCAACAACAAGGGGGAAAUAUCCAAUCUGGUGACUGUGGGGUUGGGGUUUGUUCCAGACAUCUCCACCCCCGAGUAUCUAGCUGAGGUCACCAAACAUGACCCUGACACAAGUACCGACAGCAGCCAAAAGAACCUGGCCAUAGCUGUAGUCGUGGGUAUAUCAGCUGGGCUGCUUGCCGUCACCAUAGUAACGACUUUCUGCAUUCAUUUUGUUGGGGAAAUGAAAAGGAAAAGCUUAGAGAACAAGCUCUUUCACAGUGGCACAAAUUCUGUUGUGUGAUGUUUGAAUUUUUUUGUAUUACUUUAAUCAUGCGUUAUUGAUUUGGUGUGCACAAUU